AUCGCUUGGAUGGAUCAGUCUCAAUCGAUGUCGAACGCGUCAGGUCGCCUGCAUUUUUCCGUUUCGAGAUUCGACCAAAAUUGAAAAUGCUUCGCUCUUCUACUAGAGAAAGAAUCUCAAACUUAUUUCUGGCCCAGCUUCAUGCAACUUCAUCUGGGAUUUUCGCUGAUCCUUUUACAUGCACGAGUGGGACUCAGAGGGCACUUACAAUCUUACGUUCAGGUCACUGCUCUGGGAACUUGAUCAACACGUUGGAUGAAAAAGAGACAACAGAAUCGCUUUUGAACGAAGGUCGAAUUCUGUGUGAGAUUGCUUGUAUAUCUCCUAAAAGAGAAAGUUAUCACGAUAUGGAAAUAAACAAUAUAUCUUCGUUGGACUAUGAUGCCCUUUGCGCAAGAUCUGCCCUGGCUUUUCUUGUGAAAAUUCAGCUAAAAAAUCUGGAUGAUGCUCUAAAGGUCAUUGGAAAAGAACAAACCGAUCUCUCCUAUUUGAACGAGCAGCAAGAUAAAGAUGUAUUAGCUAGGACGUCAUCACUAUCGCAACGUGCGUACAUCCAACAAAGAGAAAUGCAUGCGAAAGACUCCAUAUUGAAUCGGGAAGAAGAGAAGGAAAUAUUUGGGAGCACGGUGUCAAAUGGUGCAACAUUCCUUGUAUUACCUCUCGGUUUCAAUCAUAGAAAGUCGAUUAGUUGCCUUGUGCAAAACCUUGCGUUUGAACUACACACCGAAUGUUUCAAUCAGACGAAUUCAUGCUGUCUUUUCUCCUUGCUUUGUUCAACAUCUUCUUUACAAGGCAUUACGGAAGCAACUGCUCUGAUUAUAGGACCAAAACAAUCAUUUGCUUCCUUGUUUCAUCCUCAACAUAGGACAGAAUUGUCUUUCCACAAUAUCUGGCUUAACCUUUACAAUAUUUGCAUAACUAGCAAGAUUAAGGAUGAGCCGGACAAGAAGUUAUCGUUGUCCUUUCUUUUGACGUGGGUUUUAACAGAAUUUCCGGACGCAGUUGUGUUUUUGCAGCAACUAUCGAUCAUUGCAACGUUUCCUGAAACAUUCCCGCCAGCUUUGCCGUACACCGAAUUUGUCAAGCCAGGCGAAAUGGAUUAUCAAGCAGGUACUAUACAUAAAGUAAUCGAUUCUCAUUUGCGGAAAUUUCACGAAAUCGAGCCUUCUUGCAGUUGCGAGAACACGAGAUGGAGGAAAAGACGGGAUGAUCACAAUAAAAAGCGUCAAAAGGACAUGAAUGCAUUGGAAUCUCUAAUUCGAUCGCAGUGGUGUAAUGGUGAGUGGUGUAAAGAUUUUUCUAGGUUUUCACUGUCACUGAGGAAUGUAGAUUCAUUUACAAAAGAAGUACACGCACUUUUCGACAGGUGGAAAAAAGCUGACGAACUGCACAAAUUUAUCACCGAGGUCACAAGGUGCAUUAAAGGAAUAUCUCCAGACAAAUGUCAGUCAUUUGUUGAAUUGGAUCGAGACAACGAUUCCUUCUGGAAAAAAGACCAUGUUUUACCGACAAGUCUUAGCCCAGAAAAUAUGGUGGUUGAGAGUUGUCCACAAGAUUUAUUGAUGGAUCUCGAUCCUUACACAUUUUUGGUCGGCUCGUUACACCACAAAAGUGAGAGUUAUAGUCAAUCCGAUCAACUCAGUCGUCUGUUAUCUCUGGAUUGCAGCAAGUUUGUCAGAGAUCAUCAGGAUUACAAACAAGUUUGGGAUGCUUUAGUGAAGCCUUUGGAAGAAAGUUGGUCCCUCGCUUGCAAUGAUAGAAAAGAAAUGAUUGAGACUUUUGACUCAAAAAUGAAAGGCGUCGAAAAGGAGUUGCAAUGCUACCUGGAAAGAGCAGAAAAAGUGUAUUCGAAGUGUUUAAGAUAUGUUACUCGUUUGAACCAGCAUGGGACAGAUGGAAACAAUAUUAUACAGUUACAAAACUACGUUGGUCUUUGGAACAGUUCGGGUCCCUAUGAUCUGAUUCAGCACUGUCUAGAGGAAUCGACCAAUGAAUCCACGAAAAAAAGUUUGAUAAAAAAAAGUUUGAUAGUGUUUGCCAUGUCGAUCAAGCAUGUCCAAAGAGCACGUCGUUGUCUGCGACUUCUUCUUGGUAAAAUUGCAGGCCGUCGUAAGCACUUACUAAGUGAUCUGUCGAUUAGAUUUAUGCGCUCAAACCCAGGACUAAAUGAAUCCUGGGAUGCAUACGACCACCCCGAGUUUUUGAUCUUUGAAAUUGAUAAUGAUGUUGGUAUAAGAGACACACAAGCUCGAGUAGCCUUUGAAAUCCUUGAAGGAAAGAGGAGCGACACUCUAAACACAAGCAAUCGUCUGAUACAACUCAAUAUGGGGGAAGGCAAAACUGCAGUUAUUAUGCCAAUCGUGUUAGCUCGUGCUGCUCGUGGUGAUAAGUUGGUGCGAGCAUCUGUGCUUUCGUCACUCUAUGCGACAAAUGCAAGUGAUUGGCAAUAUAAGCUUGGCGGAUUAUUAAAUCGUCGGAUUUAUCCCAUGUUUUGUCGACGCGAUAUACCGAUAGGAAAAUAUGAAGCAAAUCUAAUGCUCCAAAGGUGCGAAAAGAUUCGUGAAGGAAGACAUGUUAUUGUUACAGUUCCGGAGCAUCGACUGUCACUUGAGAACAAGUCUCUUGAGCUAGCUUCGGAAUUUACAAUUGCUUCUGACUUGAAUGCGAGCCAAAGUCUUCACAAUCUCAACGCCUAUCUAUGGAAGAACGCACGGGAUUUUCUAGAUGAAUCCGACGAAAUACUUUCGCCUAAGUAUCAAUUAAUAUAUACAUUGGGUUCACCAUGUGACUUGGAUGGAGCGCAGUUAAGAUGGGAGAUUCAUUCAUGCAUUUAUGAAUCCCUUAAUCGCCACGCAUCAUCCUUGCUGGAAAAGUUUGGCUCUGAUACAAUCGAAUUGGGGAGAAAUCCUUCAACUGGAAGACGUAGCGAAUAUUGCGGGUUCCGACUGUUGGAAGGGUCUCAGAGAUGCGAUGAGGUAUACAACGAAAUUAAGAAAAUCGUCGUUAACGAUAUUCUUAGCGGUGAAUCAAAUUUGAAAAUUCGUUUGAUGCGAGAAGAAAAAAUAAAGUGGAAAAGAUGUGUCGACGGUGAAGGAAAUGGAAAUGAUUUAGAUGGAUUGCCGGCCUCUGCGAAAGUACUUGCUUUAUGUUUACGAGGGAUGCUUCAACAUGAUGUAUUAAAAUCAAUUCUAUUUAAGCGUUGGCGAGUACAAUACGGCAAUCACCCAACGAGAAAACGAUUUGAUAUGGCUGUACCGUAUCGAGCAAAAGAUGUAGCUGCCGAGCGGACCGAAUUCGGUCAUCCAGAUGUUGGGCUCUCCCUAACUUUUGCGCAUUAUUUUCAAGCAGGGCUCCAAGAACAACAAUUGCGCCAUGUAUUUGAGAAAUUGCAACGCAUGAACAAUUCUGACGCCAAGGCUGAAUAUAGCAGUUGGGUUGAAUCGGAAGAAAUGGAGGGCAUUUCAUCAUAUGAUGGAGUCAACAUUGAAGACACUGUGAUGUUUAAAACCAAGCUUUUUCCGUGUUUCAGAAAGAACAUGCGGGUGAUUCGAUUCUGGCUUUUCAAGCUCAUCCUUCCAGUGCAGGCGAAGCAGUUCCCUUUAAAGCUAUUAUCUACGGCUCCUGAAUUAUGCCGUAGCCCGCAACUUGGCGAGCAUUGGACUGCUGUAACUACAGGUUUCUCUGGAACGGACGAUCUUAGUCUCCUCUUACCACCAACAAUUGUUCAGGAAAAUAUUGAAAGUCUGAAGAUGACGAAUGGCGUUCAACUAAUUAGUUUACUACGCGAAGAGAAUAAUGACUAUUGCUCUCUCACCAACGACGACACAACCGACGAAAUAAUAAAACGGGUUUUCAUGGAAAGGUCAAAGCAAUCUAUUGUUAAUGUUGUUCUUGAUGCCGGAGCUCUUGUGCUUCAUAAAUCGAAUCGAGAUUUUGCUAGAGCUUGGCUUCAAAUUCGAACGGAUAUGGAUGCCGUUGCGUUUUUUGAAGGAAGCACGGUCUUCGUUCUCACACAAGAUGGAAUUAUGACCAAGUUUGAUUCGUCUCCAUUUUGUAGUGAUAUGUCCAGGUGCCUACUCUACUUGGAUGACAUCCAUACGCGCGGAUCUGAUUUCCUUCUUCCGUUAAAUACUAGAGCAGUGUUGACUUUGGGGAAAGGCAUGCAGAAAGAUAAGUUUAUCCAGGCAUGCAUGCGUAUGCGGCAGCUUGGUCAUGGACAGAGUAUAACAUUCGUUGCAUCACGCGAAGUCAAUCGUGUGCUUGAAACAGACUUCGAUUUGCUGAAAAGGAGAAACGGGAAGCUGGGGUACGUCAGUGUCAUUUUGGAAUGGACAAUAGCCAAUUCUGUCAAACGAAUCUGUCAUUUGAUGCCGUAUUUUGCCAGUCAAAUGCGAUCGACAUUGCUCAAGGCAGAUGCAUACAACACGUUCAAAAAGGAGAACGAUUCGUGUCUCAAAUCUCUCACGAAAGCCUGUGUCGAGGCGGAAAUUCUGGAGCUCUCGCAGCUUUAUGGACACGAGCGCGGAGACGACUUUUUGCCAUAUAUUAUUGACCGCCAUUUGAGCGACUGCAGUUUUAUAGAAUCUUCAAAGCGGAACGAGAACCACGUGAAAGGCCUCGUUGAAGUACGUGAAAAAGUGAAAGAAACUAUUAGAACCCUAGCUCCUAGUGUUGUGCUACCAUGUAGUAUGCUUGAUGAAGAGCAGGAGCGAGAACUUGAACAAGAAUUGGAAGAGGAGAUCGAUAUUGAGCGUCCUCCGCCCGCCGUGCCACUUGUGCCGAAAUUCUCAAAAGGUCUACUAGAUGUGCUUACUUUGGGAAAGUCUAGGCCCACUCAUUUUUCUGACCUUUGCAGCAAGCACUUGGAACCAUUAAGCGCUAUCUUUGGCGAGACUUCCUAUGGGGAGUCACCAAUUGGGAGGCAAUUGAAGGAGACGGACAACGUGUUUGUAACAACUGAUUUCAUUGACACCGUGAAGGGCAAGACAGGGAAAGAAUUUUACGUGAAAAAUAUCCGGUGGUUCUUGCGAUGGGGUUCCCCUAAACGCGAAUCCUUUGUUGUCAUCUCCAACUACGAAGCAGAGAACCUUUCAAACCUUUUAUCUCCCAUGACUCGAAAAUGGUUCGCGAAGCAAAAUCAAUUUCCCUCCCUUUAUGCAUUUACUCCGAUCACCCGCCACAACCAGCCACGAGAAAUCCAUGAUGUUUCUUCUGUGUCGUGCGAGCCGCCGGUUGCGGUGCACGUAUUCGGUGGCAGUGUGCACGCAUGCGGGAAACUUCUCGAGAAAAUUCGUAAUUUCUUGUCCGUCUUUCCGAGACCGAAAACAGACAAUGGCAGGGAGACAUGGGAUUCUUUAUUUGAAGGUGGAUUCAUUGAUCGCGAUGGCUUUGUGCUUCCCGGUCACCGCGGCCAUGUCGACGGAAAUUCCAGCAUCAAGGAUUUCGAUGGAUCUACUGCAAGUUUCUUUUACCAAAGCCCCGUGAAAGUUCUUCGAACAUUCUACGGCGAUUGUCGCCACCUCGGAUCAGAGCUCCCUACGUCUUCCGUCGGAAGGCUGUUGGGAGCAUCUCAGCUGACAUUGGAUGCCGACGACGACGAAUGAAACAAAAAAUAGGGCCACGGCCUUGACUGGUCUCUAAAUUCAAAAUUACGCUACCGGUAUGUGGAAGAAGCUCACGAUGACAUCAAGGUGUCACUUGUACCGUAUUACCGUACUCUAACGUUCUCGUGCUAGUAAUAGUAGUUCACCAAUCCGUCGUUUCAGGAUGAAAAAAAGUUUUUCAUGAUUUUUCGAAGAAAAAUCUGGAUUUUUGUUUGUUUUUAGUUCGCGAAAACGUACAGUUCCAAGUAAAAAGUACGAAGUACUUUCUUCGGGGACAUUAUUUUUUCAGAAGUUCAAACAUUGAAUGAAUCUCCCAAUCAAUCAUCCCGAAUUGGGAGAUGAAUCGAAUCGAAUUCGAAUCCUUUCGGGAUCGGAAGCUGAAGAAAAUCCUCCAUGAUUUGGACCAGAAUUUUCGACCCACGACCGAAUCUUACGCGAGGUACGACAAAUUGUACUAGAAGUACCGGUGCGUACAACCUAUCCGAUUCGAUGCUCCGGUACGAGUACUCGUACGAGCACACCCGGACGGUACAAGGCAGGGGUUCCAAGAGGGAAAGAAUGUGGCAGGUGCCGUGCGCCACGACUGCUCUUGCCUUUCGUACCUCCUUUCUGCCAUGCGGUUCCCACCUCCCACGACCCAAUAGGUCCGCGCAGUAGUACAAAGUUUACGGCAUCGACGGAACGAAUCCAUCGAUCAAGCAAUCAUUCCGUGGUGUGAUGCGACGGGCGGUACUCGUAGUCAACACUACUACGCACUUGCGGCCGUACGAGCAGUCGAAGCACCGGGCACGCGGCAGUAUUCCGUCGCAUUGCAUUGCUGCGGCUUUUGUUUCGGGACCUAAACCGCACCGCCUGGCAAAACAGGCACUCGUACACCGUACGGCACCAUGCCUGACCGUAACAUCAUAUACUAUAGUACGUAGCGUGUCACGCCAGCUACCUAGGGCGGAGCAGCCGGGGAGUGAAGAGCGAAAAAGAAACCCAGCAGGACGGCGAAAAAAAUGAGGACUAGAUAAAUUUUGUUGACUGCCAUUCGAGAAAAAUGAGGACCGGAUAAAAAUUGUUCAUUGCCAUUCGAAGAACCAAUGCAAGCAACGUUUCUAGUGCCACAUUCUCGACGGCAGAGGUUCGAAACAAUUUUGGGCGAGCGCAGAAGGACCCCUUCUGGUUCUGUAAGCACUAAUGCAUCCAUGCCGUAUCAUCGUUCUCGGAAAGAGUCGUGAUACUGUUCCGAACAGGAAGAGAGCUGCGGACGAAGGAGUGAACGUGCUAGCUGGUUGUUGGGUUUGCUAGUAUAUAGUACUACUACUAACUACUACUUCUAAUAGGCCAUUCAUUCAUAAUAAUAGGUUACUAAUAACGUGAUAAAUAAUCAUAAUUGUAGUGU